AUGCCACCUCCAAACUACACAAUUAUUAUCGUACUGUCGAAACAUCGGCUCGAUUUGUCGGCAUUGGAAAAACCAUCAAAUGUUAGAAUUUAUGUGGUGGCACCUCCACGGAUGCUUUACGACGAGACAAAUGUUGACGUAUACUGCCAAGUUGAGCCUCCCAUUACAGAAGUCGAGCACUGCCAAUUAUUUCAAAAGGUGCGGGAACUUUGCUCAGCAUUUGCAAGCACGCAACGGAGGCUCGUCACGUUUGAGAGGAAUUUGCAGUUGGCGGUGGCGAAAAUACGAUUUGAGAUGGAUAUUGAGGGCUUCUCCCCCGAUCAACUCGACACUCUCCGUCGAAUCCGAGAUACCAGCGCCAUCACAAGACGAGGUGGACUCACCACAGUCAGGCACUGCUCAUUAGCUGGAAUGCCACCGCCAGAACAAUGGGUUGAAGUGGCAAAAUCACACUUGGGAAAAUACCCUGUGAUCAUCAAACCGACAAGAAGCCUCGGGAAUUGUUCUCAUUCUAUGAGUAUUGUUCGCAGCCAAGAUGAGCUGAAAUCUUGGAUUGAGUCCCGCGCCAGACAGGGAAACCCUAACGUCGAGUAUCAACUCGAAGAAUGCCUCGAAGAUGGCCACGAAUUCACGGCAAUCUGCACGUCCAAACACGGGUUAAUAGGAUGUAUUGUCUCCGUCGAAACACAUCGAAGCAUCUAUGAAUGUGUACAAAAUCAAAAGCCCUAUAUAUUAGAAUAUUAUAACACGGACCAGACACGUGAUUUGUUGCCUGGGCUGGAAUCCUUUGUUAUGCAAGCCAUCAAAACAAUAUUUACCACACCGACACCUGGUGUUUUCUUUAUAAAAGGAUUUUAUAAGGGGCAUAACGAGAUCUAUUUCUUGGGUGUAUCCCUGGAGCCGGAGCACGACUGCUUCCGGAAUUUGAUCUCAUUCCCGAGAAGAUCGAAAAAAUGGGAGGUCUUGCAUAUCGAAAGUAUAAUCGAAAGUCGAGAAAAUAUUGAAACCUUGUCAACCAACCCUAGCACCUACCAUUGCAUGCUCAACUUUCCCGCCCAAGAGGGUAUCGUUCUGCAUCAAGGGAACAUUAAUUACUUGGCGGAAACGUCGGAGACACGGGUAUGCUGGCGGGUGGCUGAGGGGCAGGAAUUGAAAGACGCGGAAGGGCCUGACGAUAAUGCACUUCAGGUCUACAUGAAAAACGGCACACGCGGUCGUCUCCUCGAAGAAGCCCAAUUCCUGCUGUGCAACGCGAACAUCACCUUCGACCGGAACCAAAUUGAGCAGCGCCACUCAGCAUGUCGCCGCAACAUGGCCAGACUGUCCACCCAAAAGGAAUUGAUUCGCAGCUGCACCACCACUGAC